GGUAUUCUGUUAGUUUAUGAUAUUACAAACUACAACAGUUUUGAGAAUAUUGAAGAUUGGUACCAAAAAGUUAAAAAAGUAUUCACUGAUGCAGAUAAAUUACCAAGCAUGGUGUUAGUCGGUAAUAAAAUCGAUUUAGAACACAUGAGAGCUAUUCAAGUAGACAGGCACAACAAGCUGUGUUUAGAACAUAGCCUAUUAAGCCAUUUUGUAUCGGCGAAGUCUGGUGACUCGAUAAAUUUAUGCUUUAAAAAACUAGCUGCUGAUAUUUUAGAUUUGAAGCUUACAAAGUCUGAGAUGGAACAAACUGCACAAAUUGUUAAGGCUGAAAUAGUGAAUUACAAUAAUGCUGCUGCAUUACCACGGCAGUCAUCCCGACAACAACGGAGUUCAAUGUGUUUGGUAAUGUAAUUUGGUGUAAAAAAAACAAAGCUGUUCACGGUCACCUGAAGCUUGUGCUUGAUAAAAUAUUUAUUAGUCUUAAAAAUUGUUACCUGUCUUACUAUUUGGAAAUUAUACUGACCAAAAUGCAGUGACAUUGUCAGUAUUUUGAUUUGUUAUAUUCGGUUACACAAAUAUGAUUACAUAGAAUGAGCAUGCAUUAAAAAUACAAAGUAAAAGUUAAAAUGAACUAAUUAAACCUGGAUAACCAAAUAGUUGUAAACGAAAGUAAAACUUACUUCCAUUUGUGUCCAUAACAAGAAGAAAAUUAAAAUUUCCCGAAGCUAAAGUAUAUUUGUUAUUUUACCUCAAUUUAAUGACUGCUGCUCUGACUUGAUUACAAAUUACUGUUGUCAUUAGAUUUCCAUUGUAUAUCAUCCAACAUGAUCAGUUUUAAUCACCCCUGGAUUUGCAAUCAGUACAUGUACAUUUCGUUUGCCACCUUUCACAAUUUGGAUUUACCUUGAACAAUUCUUAUUAUAUAGUAUACCCUCCAUAGUUAUCAUAAAAGUAAAAGCAUUUUUAAAAGGAAGAAGAAUCUAAAUACUCUCGGAAAAUACUCCAAUUAGUUUGUUGUAAGACGAAAACCAUAUUCUUAUUUAUAUGAUUAGUACUUUUUCUAUGGUAACUCUAGAAAAAUAAUGUUUUCUUGCUGAGCACAAGUAGACUUUCAAACAAUGUAAAGCAUUACAUCGUUUAAUAUGAAUAAGGCUGCAGACACUGUUUAUGUCAUGUGUGCAAUGUGCUUACUAGCGAGAAAUUUUAGUAGUGUUUGAUGUAGCGAGGUUCUAUUUCUUCAUGGCCAUAUGAUUUACAGUCUUUGUAUUCAAGUUAUAUAUGGUAUGCCGAAAAACCGCGAAUUGAAGCCCAGUGUAUGUAUAAAACAAGAUUGGUUUAUACAUUAAUUUAGGUGAUUUAUUCCAGUUAAAUACACUCCAUUAUACAGAUUGAUAUUACAAUGACAUUAUUUAUUGUUUAAUUUUACAAAUUCAGAAAAUUUACAGCACUCGAAAAGAAGCCCAUCCAAAGUUCUAAAAAAAAUUAAAUUCAAUUCGAGAUUUUACAGUACUUUAAUAUAUUCAUAUUUUUUUAUGUUAGAGGAACAUGGAGAUAGUACAGAUUCUGUUAAAAUAUGAUUUUGCACUUUUUAAAUGUUUAAUUCCUUUACCA